UUGCACAUCCCUGCACAGCAGGUGGCGGAAUUCUCCAAAGAGAUGUAUUCCGCCCGUAAAUUAAAAGAGGAUGAAGCAGACCAAUAAGCUAAAGAUGUCAGUGUAGUCGUCAAGAGUCACCGACGUGAAAAUGUUGAAAGAGUUAGUGAGGGAGCGGCUUAUUGAGGCCGCCGACGAAAUCUUCGGACUGUUUGAAAGAACGAUUGCGUCGUACGAGAAGCAGCUUUGCCGUGCGAGAGAGGAGACCGAGCGCCAAAGACAACUGGAGGCUGUUUGCAAGACUAAUAUUGUGCUAUGUGCCGAAGAUGUCCAGGUGCUGACUGCUCAUCAGGAAGAACUCCCCGUUCAGCUGCAACACAGUAGCUCCAAUUCGGAGGAGGAGUCUCUACAGCACUCGCUUGUUAAAGAGGAAGAGCCACAGCCCCAUCAUGUUAUGGAAGAGAAGCAUCAACAGCCCCUCAACGUUAAGAAGGAAGAGGAGCCAGGUGAUGUCGGCAAUGAAAAUGGACCUUCUCCUGACUUGCCACAGCUUCAUCCUCACAGUCCAAGUGGUGACCACUCAGGAGGACCACCACCCGGUGACCUCUUAGCUUCAUUGCCAGAUAUUGACGAGACUAAAGAACUUUGUAGAAGCGACUUAAACUCGGCAGGUUACUGGAAGAGAACUUCACAAAUGCGUCCAAAACGUUUCACCUGCUCUGUUUGUGGAAAAACAUUCUCUCAAAAGGCACACUUUACAGCCCAUAGAAGAACACACGAGCAAGAAAGACGUUUUAGUUGCUCAAUGUGCGAUAAAACAUUCAUUCAAAAGGCAAGCUUGGUAUCACAUAUGAGAAUGCACACUGGAGAAAAGCCCUUUAGUUGUCCAGUUUGCGGAAAAACAUUCACUCGAAAAGACUGCAUGGAAACGCACAUGAGAAUACACACGGGAGAAAAACCUUUUGCUUGCUCAUUUUGUGGUAGGGCAUUCACUCUUAAGCAAAACAUGUUCAGGCACAUGAGAAUGCACACGGGAUAAAAU